AAAAAUAACUUUAUUUUAAAGAAAACGGUCCACGUAACUGUAACUUACUCUGAAAAAAAAAAGAACUGAGUUUCAAGAAAGUCUGUUUUACAAUUCCGACAAAUACAGGUGGUCAGUAAAACUAUUUGUUUCCUUAUUUAUUUUUUCUGUGACGUUUACCGAAAACUCACCUCUGUCCAAAUUCAACAAUUUCAUUCCAUUUAUAUUUUUUCAAGAUCAGUUUUAUUCUGAUAUUCCUCUUACUUUGCUGAAGAUCUCAGAAUAAUUCUUCCUUUUUUUUUUUCUGAUAAAAAAUGUCAUCUGUUUCUUCAAGUCCAAAAAGUGUAGAAGAGAUCUUCAAAGAUUAUAACGCUCGUCAUACUGCUAUAGUACGCGCUUUAACACAUGAUGUGGAUGAAUUCUAUAAUCUAUGCGAUCCAGAGAAAGAAAAUUUGUGCCUAUACGGACAUCCAAAUGAGACUUGGGAAGUCAACCUUCCUGCUGAAGAAGUCCCACCUGAGCUCCCAGAGCCAGCACUAGGGAUAAAUUUUGCAAGGGAUGGGAUGAAUCGGAGAGAUUGGCUUUCACUGGUUGCCGUACACAGUGAUUGUUGGUUGCUUUCUGUGGCUUUCUUUUUUGGAACUCGUCUUAACCAAAAUGAAAGGAAGCGUCUAUUCAGCAUGAUCAAUGAACUACCAACAACCUUUGAAAUUGUGGCGGAAAGAAAGCAUGUGAAAGAGAAGCUCACUGCUGAUAGUGGAAGCAAAUCUCGUGGUAGUACGAAGAAAUCUACUGAUGGUCAGGCCAAAAGCACUCCAAAAGUUGCAGAUGAAAGUUACCAGGAGGAAGAACAUGGUGAGACACUAUGUGGCAGCUGUGGUGGGAAUUAUAGUGCUGAUGAAUUUUGGAUUGGCUGCGACAUCUGCGAAAGGUGGUAUCAUGGGAAGUGUGUUAAGAUAACACCUGCUAAAGCUGAGAGUAUAAAGCAAUAUAAAUGCCCAUCGUGCAGCUUGAAGCGGAGCAGACAGUAGUUCAUGAACCAUGGGGACCUUAAGUGCUGUUGCUCUGACCAUUAACAGAAUAGUAUAGCAAUCUUACUUUGUUAUUGAUAUCCUAUUAUGAUGUUUCCUUACAUGACCCUUGGAAAGGGAAGGUAGUUUACCUUCUGCCCUUAAUCCAUGUUUGGAUGUUAGCCCCAAAUAUAGAAUUUUUUAAAAGUUAUUGUAAAGUUUCUAUACUGUAUGGUCUUGUAGUUGAAUAAACUAACAUGCAUUUGGAUUC